UUUUACAGUGCUUUAAGUACACUUCCGAAUCUAACUGAGCUUACACUGAAAUCGUGUCAGUUGUGUGAUCGACUUGAUUUUUCGAUUGAGGCUCAAUUUUUGCAAAAUAUUGCAUCACGUGGAAUACGUCGAUGUGGUUUAGUACGUAGUAUGCGUUAUGACCCUGAUGAGUAUCACUGA